UGGUAGCACGCAAUAUUACCCGCCUCGCUAGUAAACCCCACAUAAGAACGACGGUAAGGAACGGAUGCACGGCAACGAGACAGAUGCUAAAUAUACAUAAAAUAGGAAAAUUUCGGAACACUCCGAUGGUUUCCUGGUUGCUUUAUGAUUGCUUACCUAUUAUGGACAGUACCUACGAAAUACUGUUGUUUACUAAUCGGGCUAUCAACAUCCGCAACUGUGCCGCUCUUCGGACCGACCCCGCGAACGGGGCAAUGGCAGCGAAGCCAACAGUGGGGUAUCUCUACCUAGGUAGUUAUUCAAACAUCCGGAGAGGGGGAGAUCUCGGACUUCCUUUAACUUUACUUUCCUUCUUUUAUACCACAAUAUUCAACAUCUGGCCAAUAGGUAUUUAUUCGUUCAUUAUCUGCAGCCAAGAUGUCCAAGUCUCCACUGAAAAUCGCCGUGAUCCCCGGCGACGGCAUCGGUACCGAGGUCAUGCCGUACGGGGUCCGGUGUCUUGAAGCUGCGGCUAAGGUGUUUGGUAUCGCGUUACAAUUCGAGACGUUCGAUUUUGCGAGUUGCGCUUUUUAUCAGAAACAUGGUGAUAUGCUGCCGCAGGAUUGGAAGGAGACGUUGCUGGGCUUUGAUGCAAUUUAUUUUGGCGCGGUGGGUAUGCCGGAUCUGGUCCCGGAUGAGGUCACGCUGUGGGGGAGCUUGUUGAAGUUUAGGAGGGAGUUUGAUCAGUAUAUUAAUUUGCGCCCGUGUCGGUUGCUUGCGGGUGUUAAAUGUCCCCUGGCUGGUCGCAAGCCCGGCGACAUCGAUUUUUGGAUCGUGCGUGAGAACACAGAAGGCGAGUACAGCAGCAUCGGGGGCAAAAUCUUCGAAGGCACUGAGCGCGAAACCGUCAUCCAGGAAACAGUCAUGACGCGUGUAGGUGUCGACCGCGUCCUUCGCUACGCUUUUGAUCUCGCGCAACGUCGGCCUCGGAAACGCCUUACCAGCGCGACUAAGAGCAACGGUAUCAGCAUCACGAUGCCAUAUUGGGAUUCCCGUGUCCGCGAGAUGGCGAAGGAUUAUCCGGAGAUCGAUGUGGAUAAAUAUCAUAUCGAUAUUCUGACGGCGCAUUUUGUGCAGAGACCGGGGAUCUUUGAUGUUGUUGUGGGAAGUAAUUUGUUUGGGGAUAUUCUUUCGGAUUUGGGACCGGCUUGUACGGGCACGAUUGGGAUUGCGCCGUCUGCGAAUGUUAACCCCGAUUUGAAGUUUCCGAGUCUUUUCGAGCCGGUUCAUGGUUCCGCGCCGGAUAUUGCGGGUAAGGGAAUUGCGAACCCGGUUGGUAUGAUUUGGGCGGGUCAGAUGUUGCUUGAACACUUCGGACAUCUUGAAGCGGCAGAAGCCGUACUGAGUGCGAUUGAGAAGGUACUGGAGAGGGGAGAACAGAGUGUUGUUACAGCGGAUAUGGGAGGGAAGGGCACGACGAAGAGUUUAGGCGAAGCGAUUGAGGCGGAGAUUCUGGCUGCUGGGAAGUAAAGUUCUUAAAGCGAGAGCGCAGGACAGACAUAGUGGUGAAUUUUAAACCCUACUAUUCCAUGAGCCGGUGAUCGAGUCUGAGUCAUGCAUUUCAACUUGGUUCUUUCAUUGGUGGUUCUAUCACCGGGUUUGAAUUCCUCCCUUUAUUGACGUCC